AUGGCUGAACCCUCUCACAGAGUGAGCAGUGAAGAAGAUGAGGGAAUGGGUGUGAACACAGAACCUCCAGAGAUCCCUUAUGACUAUGUCGAAAAAAUACAGGUAACCUUACACUCAAGAGUUGAUUUGAAUAUAAGAGAUGGACAGACCCUUAUGAAUGAUGCCGAGAAUCUCUUGAAAGAAGGGAUCGAGUGUCUGUAUGCAUUAAUAGAUGCACUUGAACAUGACUGGAAUACAAGGGAAGGACAAAGACGUGUGUAUGUUGUCAAGAGUAAACUGAAUCCAGGGCUUGAGUAUCUGCAUACUCUAAAGGAUGAACUUGAUAAUUUGUUUGAUUACAUGAAACAAAUUUGGGAAUGCCGUAAAAUUAUAGUUGUCUACGUCUUUCUAAUCCUAAUAGUGAUUUCAGUGGAGAAAAUCUUUGGUCUUGUGCUGACAAGGAAGGCAGGGAAGCUGCCACCUGGACCCACUCCAUUGCCAUUGGUGGGCAACAUAUUCCAGCUGGGCAAAAAGACCAAUGAGUCCCUCUUCCACCUGGCAAAGAAGUACGGCCCUCUGAUGACCCUUCAACUGGGGUUCAAGACAACAGUGGUGGUGUCAUCCCCUGCAAUGGCCAGGGAAGUUCUGAAAGUCCAUGACAAAGAGCUGUCAUCUAAGACCGUCUUAGAAGCCGCCAAGUGUCUGUCCUACUCCUCACAUUCCAUGAUAUGGAGUGACUGUGUUCCACGGUGGCGCACCCUUAAGAAGAUCUGCACCAUGGAGCUUUUCACUGCCAAGAGAUUGGAUGCCCUCCAACAUCUGAGGAGAGAGCAGGUGACCCAAUUGGUGAGGUCUGUUUAUAAGGACUCUGUGGAGGGAAAGAGUGUGGACAUUAGUCAUGAGGCUUUCUUGAUGGGUCUCAAUCUUUUGGGCAACAUGAUAUUCUCAAGGAAUAUGUUUCAGAGAGGGUGUGAGGGGUCCCUAGAGUUUAAGGACACUUUGGCCCGUAUGAUGGUCCUUGGAGGGAAGCCCAAUUUGGCUGACUUCUUUCCCAUCUUGAGGUUUUUAGAUCCACAGGGAAUUACUCGGGGUUUGAGCAAGUGUUUUGGGUUUAUAUUUGGUGUGCUUGAUAAAUACAUAGAGGAGCGCCAGCAGAGUGGGAGAAUGCAAGACAGAGAGAAGGAUUUCCUGGAUAUCUUACUGGAGAGUAAGACAGAGACUGGACAUAAUUUCACCAGCUUUGAGAUAACUCGCUUCUUUUAUGAUAUCUUCACAGCAGGUACAGAAACAGCUAGCAUUACAAUUGAGUGGGCAAUCGCAGAGCUCAUUCGUAAUCCUCAAAUAAUGAAGAAAGUAAAGGAAGAAUUGGACAGCGUAGUUGGGCUUGAAAGGUUAGUAGAAGAAGGUGAUAUUGCGCAACUGCACUAUCUUCAUGCAGUGAUCAAAGAAGUACUAAGGCUACACCCACCUGCGCCCAUUCUAGGGCUUCGUAAGGCAAAAAUUUCUUGUGAGAUUAUGGGAUACAAAAUACCCAAGGAUAUAUGGGUGGUGAUAAAUGUAUGGGCAAUAGGAAGAGACCCUUCAAUUUGGCAACCUAAACCUGAGAAGUUUUUCCCAGAGAGGUUUUUCAAUCUAAAAGGAGUGGAAUACAAAGGGAAUAACUUUGAAUUGAUCCCAUUUGGUUCAGGGAGGAGAAUGUGCCCGGGGCUUCCCUUGGCUGAUCGAAUGGUUCAUAUUUGUGUAGCUACUCUUGUUCAAUGUUUUGAUUGGUAUCUCCCAAAUGGACAGUUUGCAGAGACAUUGAAUAUGAGUAGUAAGUUUGGAAUCACAGUGCAAAAGGAAAAACAUUUAGUUGCAAUACCAAUACCACGUCUACCUGUUCAUGUUUACGAUGAAAAAUGUUGA